AACAGCACAAGGGCAUCAGAAAGUAGUUAAGGAUGUCUGCUCCUACCAAAGCUCGCCUCUUAGAGGUUGCAAAGCUACAAGCGAAGAUAUUCCACAAUAUCACGCCCACCGGGAUACCGCAACGUACUGGCUCCAAGAUCUUGCAGAAACAACUAAAGGGGCCGGUAGUUUCUUCAUACUAUGGCCCAAAGGAGUUCAUCACCACGAAGCAGUUGAAUGCCAGAUUCCCAUUGUACAAGUUCAUAGAUCCUGAGGAGGAGUACAGAUUAGAGGUCCUGGGCUCCAGAAAGAGAAGAGGUAAGGGUGCACCAGCAAAGAAGAGAUCAAAGGCUGAUGAUUCCGGUAAGAAGAAGAAGAAGUGAGUCUAAGUACGGAGGGUGGGCACAGAUUUUACUGUAUAUAGCAUUUUUCCAUUGUCCCCAACUGAUGAU